AUGGUGUGUUUCCUGGAUUUCUUCUUGUUCUGGGCGUUAGUAGCGGUUACUGCGGGUAUCUAUCCGUUUGUCCGUGAUAGCUACACUUCCAAAUAUGCAUCUUUUACACCUGGGGAAUUAUUGGAAGCGAAAAAGGCAACGCGAGAGAUGUUCAACUUUGCAUAUGAAAAUUACAUAAAGCAUGCUUUUCCUAUGGACGAAUUGGAUCCAAUUAAUUGUUCUGGUCGUGGUUAUGAUCAUCUUCAUCCAUCAAAUAUCAACAUUAACGAUGUUCUUGGAGACUAUUCACUUUCUUUGAUAGAAUCGUUGGAUACUCUAGUUGUUUUUGAGAACCGAUCUGAAUUCCAUAAUGCCAUUCGAAUGGUGAUUGAUAAUGUUUCGUUUGAGAGAAACGUUACGGUACAAGUUUUUGAAGCAACGAUAAGGAUAAUCGGGUCUCUUUUAUCAGCUCAUUUGAUCCUCACUGAUGAUUCCCACAUGUUGGGUAAUUAUGCUCUAAAUGAUUACGACGGAGAAUUGCUUACUAUGGCACAUGAUUUGGCUAUUCGCCUGUUACCAGCUUUUAAUGGCACUAAAACAGGAAUACCAUUUCCACGCGUGAAUUUGCAAAGUGGGGUGAAGGAAGGAACAAUUGACGAAAAUUGUGUUGCUGGAGCCGGAAGUUUGUUAUUGGAAUUUACAGUUCUGUCACGCCUUUUGGGUGAUGGUACAUAUGAACGUUUGGCACGCAAAACUAAUCGGAAGUUGUGGUCUUUAAGGAAUAAAGUAACUGGUUUGUUAGGUAGUGUAGUAAAUAUCCAAACAGGCGAGUGGAAAAGUGUGAUUAGUGGACUUGGUGCAGGCCUUGAUUCGUUUUAUGAAUAUUUGCUCAAAGCUUUUGUCCUUUUCGGUGUUGAGACUGAUUUGAAGAUGUUUCAGGAAGCGUAUGCGCUUAUAAUAAGUCAGUUGCGUCGUGGACGUGAUCGUUGCGUUUUAGGCGAGGGAGAAACGCCAAUGUAUGUAAAUGUUGACAUGCGAGAUGGUUCGUUGCUAAAUACCUGGAUUGAUGCUUUACAGGCUAGUUUUGCGGCUGUCCAAGUACUAAAUGGCGAUAUUGAUGAAGCAGUUUGCAUCCACGCCAUAUAUUAUUCACUGUGGAAGCGAUAUGAUGCCAUUCCUGAACGAUAUAACUGGCACCUAAAGACUCCCGACAUAUAUUUUUAUCCGCUAAGACCGGAACUGGCUGAGUCAACCUACAUGUUGUAUCGCGCUACACAAAAUCCUUUUUAUCUUCGUGUCGGUUUCGACAUUCUUCAAUCUCUUAAUACGUUCACAAAGGUGAAGUGUGGCUAUGCCACAAUACACAACGUUGUCGAUAAAUCGCUAGAAGAUCGAAUGGAAUCAUUUUUCCUUUCUGAAACCGUGAAAUAUCUGUAUCUCCUGUUCGACGUAAAUAACGCAGUGAAUCGCAAUGAAGAACGUAUCAUGUUUACAACCGAAGGUCAUAUAAUACCCAUCGAUAAACGUAUAAGAGAUCCGGUUUAUGAUGCACCUCAGUAUUUUUCUCACAAUCAUUCAUGCGCUGCGUUUAAACUUGAUCGAUAUCGACCACCGUUGGAUCAGUCUCGUCUUGCUCAAAUAUUUCAUUUAGCUGGCAUUGGUUUAGGGUUUUCAGGCUGCGAAAAUUUGAUUUCGAUUGAGAAAUUUUCCCUCAUUAGCACAUUUCUUGAUAUUGAAAUGUUUAUUGCAAUUUUUUGA